UUUCGGGAAAGAGACCGUAGUAAAUUGUAAACUAGGGGUGCUGUCUGCUGGAUUGUUUUGUUCGGAUAUGAUCUUGUGUUUGUGCAGAUUAGCCCAGUAUCAAGAAACUAACGGUCUUCUUGGGUGUGUACAUGAUAAAAAUAUUUGUAACGAAAACCGUGUAUUACUGUCUGAACAUGAUGAAAUAGCCGAUUUUAUUUUCUUCAUUAGUAGAUACUCAUGAUACUGCAGGCUGUGUCGUUCUUUCAACGUCCAGGUGCUUUCCGAUUGUCUGACUUAUCCGCCCUCACUGGUAACUGACCGGCUCGCGAUGUUGCAGUUUUAGCUGCUGCUAGCAGUUUGCCAGCAGCUUGGCUUGUUGUGCGGUGAAUUACCAUGAAGCCAGUAAAAACGGGUUUGCUGGUGGUGCUAUAAACUUGUCGGUACCACCAGCCUAAGUCUAGGCGCUUAAAAAAAAAAAAUACAAAGUGAGUAAAUGAGGCGAGGAUCCACUUUGCCUCAGACAGAAAGCCGCGUCUCGCGGUGGAGGACUUCAACUCAACUGGCACGAGCUCCGACAGCCGCCUCAGUGGAAGCUGACGAGCAAGAAUAAGUGUCAUUAUAACUGAACCCGCAACCAAGACGAACAGUAAUAUUCGUCACGAAUAUUUAGGCAAGAAAGAGAGGAUUCAGUAGAGCAGCUGAAUCCAGUGGUAAAGAAACCUGUGGUAGACAAGUGGGGAUGCUGCCUUUCCCCCAAGUAGUCUGUCCAAUGGAAGAAGAUGCCAGCACUCCAUGUGCCUCUCUCUGCACUCCCCUUCACAGUGCAAUCCAGCCUCACCUCCAGUCCCCUCCCUUUGUGAAGUUCAGUCACAGUUAUAAUGAUGGAGAGAAGAAAAAGUCAGUCAGGAGGAGUGGUCGGCUACAGGUUGUCAAGGAGCAGGAACAGGGAAGAAGACAGAGUAGAAAGUCGGCACAGAAGAGAGGUAGACUGUCUUCCUCACAAAUAUCGAAACAGAUUGAUGGUAACAUGAAAAGUUAUUCCAGAAGGAGUGCUCAGAGUGGAAUCACUAUGCAUAAAAGUGGAAGGACCUCCAGAUGCAAUGUAAACCAGGUCACUAGUGUCCUCAGAGUAGAAGAUUGUGCUACAGGAAAAUCAGAGGUUCAUCUGGAUGCCAAGAAGCCGGAACAGGAGCAAGUUAUUUCAGAACCUCCCGAAAGUCCUCCUCCUGCAAAGCGAUGGGUUUUUGGCCCUCUUUUGCAGUCAGUCAAGACCAAGAUGGCCUGCUUCACAGAAAUGGUUAUGAGUCCAGUCCGGCUCUUUAGACCUAACACUUUCUCACCCUCCAGCCCAGGAGGCUCAAACCUCAGUCCAGACUCUGUACAGGAAAGGUACUCUAGCAGUGACACUCAGAAUGGACACUUUUCUGAGGGAAAAAAAGAAAGUGACCAUGUAGAAAUGGAAAAUAAAGAGGAAGACAAUCAAAGUUGCUUUGCUUCACAAGAAGUCAAAAGGCAAAGUGACGCAGAAGCUGUAGACAUUCCUGGUUUUAAGUUUAAUCAGGGGAAUGACGCUAGCAUUAAUGUAAUAGGCCAAAAGUGUUUCCGGAAAUGCUCUGCAGCGCAGAGAUUAAACUUUGAUGCAGACACUGAAGUAAAAAUGUGUUCUGAAGAACAGCUGUCCCUCAGUCUUGAUGAACAAAAUGUGGGCUUUGCUGUAUUGCCUAAAGCAAGUGAGCAGCAAGAUUGUCACACUUACCCCCAGGAUGUUUCUAGGACCGAGAGAGAACAGCAGAGAAAUACACAAUUUUAUCCUGAGCAUAGUCCUCUUCUCCAUACCGGACUCCAGCUGGACUCUGUAUCCUGUGGUUCCAACUCAGCCUCUUCUCCUCAGGACUCUCAAAAAGGUCGACAGCAGUCUAGUUCACCUCUCAGCUCUAACACCAAACAGCAGACAGAGCUGCGUUCUUCCUUUCAAUGUAUGAAUUCUAAGCAUGCUUGUCAGUAUGAUGAUAUUCCUCUUGAUUGUCCUCCCAAUGAUUCACCAGUGUGUGCUGCUGACAGUCACGCCACUACUAAAUCUAAAAAUGACCAGAUUUUGUCAGAGGAGAAACCAAACUUCUGUGAUGUUAAAGAACAGCAGUGUCUUAGGUAUACAUCAGAGUCCCUGACCAUAGAGUCAAAUGUGAGUGUGGUGCCUGAUCCUUUAACUUCGUUAUAUUACACACCUCUGAAUUCUCUCUCCACUUCUGCUGAAAUUAAGGACAAUGACUAUGGCCAGCUAGGAUACUUGGAAAAGGCUGUGAAAGUAUAUUCUUCAGAUGCAUCUGUCAUGUGUCAUGGAGGUGGUGAAUGUACAAAUUCCAUGUCCUCAUCAAGCAAGUGCUCUGCCACUGAAGCUGAUAUCUGUCAGGGAACAUCAGUUCAACUUCUGGCAGACAAUGAGGAGAUUUUGGGGAAACGAGAUGAUUGUUUUGGACUGGCUGUCAUCACAGCUAGCUGCCCUGAAUCCUGCCACUUUCAGGAGGAGCACACUUCUAAUUUACCAGAUAAAAAAGAGGCUGAGAGAAAGACAACAAAAGAAAGACCUAGAGGGAUACAUGCUGACAAGGAAGAUCAGAAUCUACAAGGAAGAGGAGGAAUAGUGGUGAAGAAGAGUGGGGGAAAUGUUGUUAAAGAGUUAAUGUUCACCUCAACUCGAGAAACCAGGAGAGGCACAAGACCAUACCAGGUGAGAAGAAGGUCAAGACCUGACAACACUCGCCUCUUAAACCAGAAUCCUGAUGGGUGUAAAUAUAAGGGAGCUGCUGUUAAGACAAUCAAAGAUACUGAACCUGCAUUAUUGUCUGAGGUGAAUAGGGCAGGGAGGGGAGUUGUAAACCAUAAACUGUCCAAGAAAAAGCACAGCAAUAAUUCAGUGGUAAAUUCAUCCUCGAAUGUUAAAAAUGGAACUAAUGGUAACAGCAAUCCUGAGAAUACAAGCGUAACUAAGGCUAAAAGCAGCAGUAAAACAUUAAACAGUAAUGCUCACUCCCAUACUGCUAACAAUACCUUAUUUCUGAAACUGGAACCAGUAGUGAUGAUUACUAAGUUGUCUCCCCACUUCUCUACACCUGUUAUUAUAAACACAGCUGAAGAAAUGUACAAAGAUGAGGGAAAGAUGGUUAGAUCUAUUACACCAGGCACAUUGAAUGAUGAGGUAGGGCACCAAGUUCCAAAAGAGAGUCAGCACUGCAGGCUUCGGAAGAAAAAUGUGAAGAGAGAUACUGAGAUGGGUUCUUCUGCAGGUUUUAGCAACGAACUGGCCUUGCAAGACAGCUUUAAGAGUUCUCCAAAGAAAUCUGGUUCUGUGCAGAAGGUCUCGAAGGAAAGUCAGGGAGAAUAUUCAAGUCUUUUGAGAAACUGGCAGGGAAUGGAAAGACCAAAGAGGACAAGGAACAGGAAUUGUGUAACAAAAGCCCCGUAUAAAGCGCUGCAAAAAGUAGAAGAAAAGUUUGAGGUGGCUCUGACUCAGGAAGGAUCAAAAAAAGCCUAUAAUGAAACCUCGGCACAAGUGGAACCAGAGAGAGAUAUCAGUCUUUGCCAGCAAUGGGCAGCUAGGUCAAAGGAUACUGCAAAAGAUUUUAUACACCCUGAUGAUGAUUCAAGGUCUCUAGGUUUGCUGAAAAUGGUGAAAAUGCCCACUAAGGAUUUGACACAGCUCCCUGACAUUGUUUCAUGUCACACUCUGAAUUCUUCUCUACAUUCUGUUACUGCUGAAUCAGGGGAUGGCUUCACUUGCUGUAUAAAGACUUCUGACCAGUCAGGUCUGCAGGCAAAGACUGUGUCCUUGCAAGUGGUUGACCAUCCAAUAUGUUCUGGAGAGCACACCACAAAACAGACUGGCAGCCAAGAGGAAAGUUUGUGGAAGAAGCCUGACCAAAAAGCACAAACGAGUGUUUCAUCAUCUUCUCCUGCUUCUACUGAUACGCAGAAGUUUGCUGCAAGAAAGGUCAUAGAUGUGGCCAAUGGGUGUGGUCUGGUGACAGAACAGGGAGGGUGGAAGGUCAAGCACAGAGAGAUGCCAAGUAAAGCACUUCCCCACAGGAAGAGGGCCAGAUCCUGGGUGAGGAAUGAGGGGUGGGGGAAGAACCGUGUUGGUGACACGCAAGAACAGCAAAAAAAUGAUGUCCCACCAAAAACAUCAGGUAACAGCCCCUUGCCAACCCGCCUGUUGCGAAGUAACUCUUGCCCUGAGAUCUCUGCGCUUCUCAACAACUCCAGGAGUCGCUUUCCUUCCUCCCUGCAAAGCAGCCUGCCAUCCUCUGUCCACCAGUGUCCUCAGGUUUGUACCCGUACUUUGGCAGCCAGACGAACUCGGCGGCACACCGUCUGCAGUCUGGAAGUGGAAAGGGAGAUUGCUCCCCUCUGUUUGCGUAAAGAGGUGUACCCCACUAGUGGAAGAGGGCUGUACUGCAGUCCUGCAAGUAUCUGUUCCCCCUCGUCCUCCUGCAUCUCCCAUACUGCCCUCGCAUCCUUGUUCCUGUCCAGCCCACUGGCCUUCCUCACCCAAAGUAGCACAGGAACCAAUGGUGGUGGUGGUGGCAUUAAUUGUGAUGAUGCUCCCUCCUCCUGUGAUGCUACCACACCUCCGUGCUCCACCUCUCCUGAUUCCUCCUCAUUCCACGCUCUGUUUCACGGUUCUUCUGCUGGCAUCUCUCCCAGAUCUGACCAGUGCUCUGCCUCGGUUUCAUCUGUGUGCAGCAAAUCUUCAGAAGUCCCACUGGAGCACAAGCAUGGAAAAAGACACCAGCAGGAGGAAAAUCGCAGUUUCCAUGUGGAGCUUGCAUCUAAGGAAUCUCGUGAAGAAAAGUCAUUGUCUGACUCUGAAAUCAAGACUGAGAGCACAAAGCAAGGAGAGCAUGGGAAAGUGUCGUGCAUUCGGAUUCGGAAAACUCCACCCAAACCACUCACCAACCUCACGCCUAUGGGCCUUCCCAGACCUGUCAGAUUGAAAAAGAAGGAGUUCAGUUUGGAGGAGAUUUACACAAACAAGAACUUCCGUAAACCACCUGAAGGACGGCUAGAGACAAUAUUUGAAGUUCCAGUCAGCGGUCGAGAUGGAUCCUUGUCCCUGAUUAGUCAGCGCCGUUUCAAACGGUUGGUGGAGUUCCCUGAAGCAGGUGUAGCAAGAAAACCCAAGAGGCCUCUGGUUGGGUUAGGACUUUGCCGUAAAGUGGGAGAAAAGUCUGCUGUCAGCAGGACUCGGAGAGCAGGAAGUAGUCAAGCCAAGGAAGGUCGCUCUCUUACCUCGCAAGAGCUGGAUUCACUGCUGUGCUCCAAGCUCAGCCAGCUGGACAGAUGGAUUUCUUUAGACCAAGUUGGUGCGCUGGCAUGAAGGGCUUGGCCGAGAGAUGGCCAUCAAAUGAGGCACCUAGCACGACUACUGUCCGUUGCGCUUCCUUCCACAGGAAACAUGGGUACAGUUUCACGUUUGCCUAUACUUUGGGUCAUGCCAAAAUUAGUAUUUCACAUUAAUUUAUGAUGUUUUUGUUGCACUGGACAGCCAGUGUGACUUUUUCCUUAAGCUGCUUUACCCCCAUUUUCAAAUACUGAAGUCACACCUUAUUUUCAGUUCAUACUUUAUGUAAAAUGCGUAUUUACGUUGGACAUAUUUCUGUUGUAUGUAGUUUUAAGUCCAUUAGCUGUUGUAGUGCAUAUAAAGAGUGACCUAUUUAAAGAUCUAUUUACGAAAAUGCUGCAUUCCUACACACUCCAGUUUGUGCAUGUGGUGUGGUAGCAAUGUUGCUUCUCACUCUGGACAUUGCUGUUAAAAUUGCCAUUGUGUUGCUGCUGCUUUUCUUCAUAUGUUCUUAUUCUUGCUUUCUGCACAAAGACAAUGCAAGAGUUGUAAUCUGCUUUUUUGGAUUUGAAUGUAUAGCCCUGUUAUACAUGGUUUUAGGGUAUGUUGUUGGAGGGUCAUUACUGAAAAUCUACGUUAUUAUGGAAUGUGUGUAAAGUAAAUUGCCCCCCCACAGUCUUUGUUAGAAAUCUCUUACACACACACAAGGAUUGCCAGUGAAAUAUUUGCCCCUCCAAAAGUGACCUACUUUUGAGCCCAAAUAUAUUUUUGUACAUCUGCAUUUUUUGAAUUUCAUACCAGUUUUUUAUAUUAUAAAAAUGUAAUAAAUCCAUCAUUUGUAUAUUGAAAUUGUUUAUCUGGUGUUUUGUAAAGAGAAAAGUUGUUCCCCCUGCCCACUUAUAUAAAUGUCUUUCAUA